AUGUGGUCCUUACAGCAAUUUGUUCAGAACGAAACAUAUCAAGAAGCACGCGACUACUUUGAGCGCAACCAAAUUAAUCAGCUUCUCGAGAGCAUCAUUACGGGUUUGACAUUUGCACAGCCGGACGACCCGCUGCUCUUCAUCGAAGAUUGCAUCAGCCGAAUCCGGGCAGAGAAGCUCCUAUCGGAGAAAUCGCGCAUUCGAUGGGAUCUGUUCAUUCCCGCCGAAGCGAAAGAGGAGCAGCUCCAGCGAGAACUCUCGCUCAGGUCCCUUCUUGAACAAGACCCUCUCAGGCCAACGCUCAACCGGAAGAAAUAUCGCAUUGCACCCCUUCCUCUGUUGCCAACAAAGAAGCCCAGCACAUCCAACGAUCUCCAGAGAGUCUCGACCCCAGCAGAUAUACGCAGUGCAAGCGUGGCUUUUGCAGCAGAUGCCAUCCCGGCCAAGGCUGUCCUGCCCGGAAUUCCACCCAACGGACAAUCCAGGCCUCGAGGCAAUAUCGUAUUCGUCCUCGGAGGUCCGGGAUCUGGAAAAGGAACCCAGUGCGUCAGACUAGCCCAAGAAUUCAAGUACGCUCACUUGUCUGCUGGGGAUUUGUUGCGGCAAGAAGUCUCCAGUAAUUCUCCAAUGGCCAAGGAAAUCGACUCAAUUAUGAAGGAGGGGAAGAUCGUGCCGAUGGAAAUCACGAUUCGGCUCCUCCGCCAGGCCAUGGAUGCCGCAAAAGACUGCCCUGGGUUUCUUAUCGAUGGCUUCCCGAGACAGCUCGACCAAGCCAAAGUGUUUGAAGAACAGAUUGCCGCAUGCAAACUUGUUCUGUUCUUUGAUUGCCCCGAGCCUGUCUUGGAGAAGCGCUUGUUGAAACGGGGAGAGACCAGCGGCCGAGCAGACGACAACAUCGAUACGAUCAAGAAACGCUUCAAGACCUUUGUCGAUACCAGCUAUCCUGUUAUCGAGUACUUCACCCGCCUCGGCAGAAUGAAUCUUGUCGAGGGGCCGCUCAAUCAUCCGAACGUUAUAUUUGUGCUCGGUGGACCGGGAUCCGGAAAAGGAACACAAUGUGCCAUACUGGCCAAGCAGUUCAGACUCGCGCAUCUCAGCGCAGGUGAUUUAUUGCGGCAUGAAGUCGAGACGGGCUCGGUCGUUGGUCAGCAAGCCUCCGGUCUCAUGAAGGAAGGGAAGAUCGUACCAAUGGAAAUCACCAUUAGCUUGUUGAGGAAGGCCAUGAUUGAACAUUUUAAUACGAUUGGAUUUCUCAUAGAUGGUUUUCCGAGAGCUCUCGACCAAGCAAUUGAGUUUGAGCGAACAGUCGGACCAUGCAAAAAGGUCCUCUUCUACAACUGUCCACUCGAUGUGCUGGAGCAACGUCUCCUCGAGCGCGGCAAGACAAGCGGUCGUGCCGACGAUAACAUCGAUACAAUCAAAAAGCGCUUCGUUACCUUUGAGAACCAGAGCAUGCCUGUUGUGCAGCACUACGAAUCCGUUGGAAAGCUCGUAAAGAUUUCAUCAAUUCCGACGAUCGAUGAGGUGUACGAGUUCACCAAGAGGGCCCUCGCAGAUGUGCUCCCAAUCAACCACCCAAAUAUAGAGGUCCUGGAUCCGGAAAAGGAACGCAGGUGCUCCCGUUUGGCUCAAGAAUUUGGCCUCAUCCAUCUCUCAACGGGCGAUCUCCUGCGAGAGGAAGUCCAAAAGGGGUCGGAGACGGGCCUCAAGGCCGAUGCCAUAAUGAAAGAGGGCAAGAUGGUACCCAUGGUACCGACGGACAAGCAGCACCGAUCUCGUAUCUCUGUCGAGCUCAUCCUUCUCGUUUCGCAGAGCCUCAUCCUCUCGUUGCUCCGGAACCGCAUUCAAGAGAACCAAACAGCGCCGGGGUUUUUAAUCGAUGGAUUCCCAAGAAGUAUGGAACAAGCAGUGGAGUUUGAGCGGAUGAUUGGCCGUGGCCGAGUUGCGCUCUCGUUCAGCUGUCCUCUCGAUGUCCUUGAGCGACGCUUACUGGAGCGCGGAAAGACAAGUGGCCGUGCAGAUGACAACAUCGACACAAUCAAAAAGCGGUUCAUCACCUUCCAGGAGGAAACCGUGCCGGUCAUGAAGUACUUCAAAGACGACAGACGCGUUGUGGAAAUCACGUCCGUUGGAACCAUAGACGAGGUGUACGAACAGGCCCGGACAUCGUUCUUAUUCAUGAAGCCUCCAGUUCAACACCCAAACAUUGUCUUUGUUCUUG